AUGAAGCUGCAGCAGCAGGGCAGCGCUAUAAAGCUGCUUUGUGAGGAUGUACUGGAUCGUGAACGUGUACCAGCAUAUAAAUUGCUGUUGGAAGCCGAGGACUGUGGGCGUCCUGCACGGAAAUCUCUCAAAAUGAUAUCCAUAAUCGUCGAUGACGAGAACGACAACGCACCGCUGUGUGCAGGUGCCGAUCAUAUCCUACUCGAGCCACCACAACCCAAUGGGCCGCAGAAGCCUUUCCAAGUGAAAUUGCAAUGUUUUGAUCUGGAUCAAGAUGAAGAUCAAUCGUCUUUAAAUGGAUUACUCGGAUAUGAGCUAUUGAUCUCGGAUGGUGCUACUGAUUGGACUGAUAAGGUGGCCAGUGAUAACGUUGAUAAGAGUGAUAACGGUAGAACUGAUGAUAAGGUUCGCCUCCACGGUGAUAUGCUGACAAUUGAUAUGAGGCUGCAUCAGACGACGGCACCGUUUAGUUUUGCGGUUCGGGUGUUCGAUCGAUUCAAUGCAAGGUCGGUUAUUCUCUAG